AGGAAAGGGGCGGGGCGCGCGCAGCUGGCAGAGGCCCGAGUGGCAGGAAUCAGGAAGGGAUGGCUACGCUUCGCAGGCUUCGAGAGACGCCACGGCACUUACUGGUUUGCGAGAAAUCCAACUUCGGACACGACAAGUCGCGCCACCGGCAUCUCGUGGAGACGCACUAUCAUAAUUACAGGGUUUCAUUUCUCAUUCCUGAAUGUGGGAUACUAUCGAAAGAACUGAAAAAUUUGGUCAUGGAAACUGGACCCUAUUACUUUGUGAAGAAUUUACCUCUUCAUGAAUUAAUUUCACAGGAAUUCAUCAACACCUUUGUAAAGAAAGGUUCUUGCUGUGCACUAACAUACAAUACAAAUAUUGAUGAAGAUAAUGCUGUUGCCCUGCUACCAAAUGGAAAAUUAAUUUUAUCACUGGAUAAAGACACUUAUGAAGAAUGUGGACUUCAAGGUCAUCCAUCUCAGUAUUCUGGCAGAAAAAUUAUGAAAUUUAUUGUUUCCAUUGAUUUGAUGGAUUUAUCCUUUAACCUGGAUUCUAAGAAGUAUGAAAGAAUAUCUUGGUCCUUCAAAGAAAAGAAGCCAUUGAAAUUUGAUUUUCUUUUGGGUUGGCAUCAUACAGGUAUAGAAGAAUCAGUGAUGAUGUCAUACUUUUCCAAUUACCAAAUUCAAGAGCAUCAGCCAAAAGUAUCACUGAGCACGGUGAGAGAUCUCCAGUGCCCUGUGCUGCAGAGCGGUGAGCUCGGGGGAAUGCCGGAGGUGUCCUGCAGCGCGCUGGAGCUCUUUGACUGGCUUGGUGCCGUCUUCAGUAACGCCAGCCUAAAUAAUGAGCCUAAUAAUUUCAUAUCAACCUAUUGCUGUCCUCAGCCAAGCACAGUGGUGGCAAAAGCUUAUUUGUGCACAGUCACUGGUUUCAUACUUCCGGAAAAGAUACAUCUCCUCCUGGAACAGCUCUGGUCAAGUUCCUCGUACUUCGUGGACUGCUGAAGCAACUCUCCUCCUCCUCACACUUUCAGAGCAACGCUUUGCCGACCGAGAACAUUAGAGAUGCUUUUGUCUGCAGUACGCAAGUACGCACGUUAAGGAGGAAAACAAACCAUAGAAAUCUUUCUUUAAAACAAGCUAUUUAUUUAAACUGUGGUGAAAUAUACACACCAUAAAAUUGACCAUUGUAACUAUUUUUAAGGGCGGGAGUGGUCAGUAGCAUUAGGUACAUGCACACUGUCGUGCACCUGUCACCACCAUCCAUCUCCAGAACUUUCUCAUCUUCCCAGACUGAACCUCUGUCCCACUAAACACUGACUCCCCCUUCUCUACCCCCAGUCUACUAUCUCUAUGAAUCUGGCUACUCUGGGGACCUCGUGUUUGUGGAAAAAAGAUUUUUUUUUUUAAUUUAGAAAAUAUCUUGUGACUAAGGAGAGAAUAAUCAACUGAAUCCAUAGAUUUAACAUUUUGGCCCUGGAAGUCAUAGUGACAAAACCUCCAGUGUUCCCCCCAGGGUGACCAACUUUCCUUUGGUCUCUGGGCCAGGUCAGCAUUCCUGAGGGACAGGAGUCAAGGUGUGUCAGGGUUUGAAAGAGUCUCUGAGCAGGGUCCGUGCCUCAGUGUGCUGGGUGCGGGCUCAGCCAGUGACAGUGACUCUGUAGCCCGACCUUUACCCCGUCCCUCCCUCGGUCCACGGUUCCCUUCAGACUGUGCCCUGCUCGGGUCUCUCCCGAGCCUGGAGGCUCCUCUCCAUGGCUCCUGCCGGCCGUCGGCCCCCACACGGCCCCCUCCUUCCAUGCUCUUGUUGAGCACGUCCGUGAAUUCCUGUGGCCAAAUCCGAGAGGACUGCUCGGGACUGGAGUGUGUCCCUCCCACAAAUCCCUAUGUUGGAGUCCUAACCCCCAGCACCUCAGAAUGUGACUGUAUUUGGAGAGGUCUUUGUAGAGGUGAUUAAGUUAAGA